AUACUGGGCUCCUUGAAAUUUUUGCUCAGAACCACCUUCACACUUGCACAGUUGACAGGCAGCUCCUAGCCCCACCGCUUCUGUGCUCGCUAUCUGUUUAUUCAUCUCAAACGGCAUAUAAAGAAUCAGACUUUCCCCUCUUCCUCUAAUUCUCUAAAUUAAGGUUUAUGAUCCACUGAAGAAUUGGUAUACUAAAGAUAAAUAGAAAAGAAAAAAUGAGACAGAGGCCUAAAGAAGUUGCUGCAAAGUCAAAUGCUGUUGGUGGAGGUGAUAUAACUAGUGAGAGGGGUACCCAAGUGAAACCCAAUGUGCAUAUAGUGGCUAAGAGGUCAGGGUAUGCAAUACUUGUGAUGUUAGUGUUGGUUAUAUAUGCAACUUGGGGAGUGUAUAGGUAUCAAUAUGAGAGCCUUCCUAAGGCCCUUAGCGCAGAGUAUGCCGGUAAAAGAGGUUUUUCUGAACUUGAGGCCAUGAAGCAUGUCAUUGCAUUGACUGAACUCGGCCCACAUCCGGUCGGUUCAAGUUCUUUAGACAGUGCCCUGCAGUAUGUUUUGCAAGCAUCUGAAGCUAUUAAGAAGGAGGCUCAUUGGGAGGUUGAUAUGGAGGUUGACAUUUUUCAUGCAAAAUCUGGUGCUAAUCAUCUUGUUGGUGGGCUGUUUAAGGGGAAAACCCUUGUUUAUUCAGAUCUGGAUCAUAUUGUAGUGAGAAUAUCACCAAAAUAUGCAACUAAUGUAGAAGAAAAUGCCAUUCUUGUUUCGUCCCACAUUGAUACCGUGUUCUCUGCGGAAGGAGCGGGAGACUGUAGUUCAUGUGUAGCAGUUAUGUUAGAGCUUGCUCGAGGAGUUUCUCAAUGGGCCCACGGUUUCAAGAAUUCUGUUAUAUUCUUGUUUAAUACCGGCGAGGAGGAAGGACUGAAUGGUGCUCAUAGCUUUGUAACUCAGCACCCCUGGAGCAGUACUGUCCGACUGGCUGUUGACUUGGAAGCCAUGGGUAUUGGCGGGAAGUCAGGAAUUUUUCAGGCUGGUCCUGACCCAUGGCCAAUUGAGAUCUUCGCACAAGUGGCAAAAUUCCCAUCUGCCCAAAUUGUUGCACAGGAUUUAUUUUCAUCUGGGAUAAUCAAAUCUGCCACUGAUUUUCAAGUGUACAGAGAACUAGGUGGUCUUUCAGGACUUGACUUUGCAUUUACAGAAAAUACAGCUGUAUACCACACUAAGAAUGACAAGUUGACUCUUCUAAAACCUGGUUCUCUUCAACAUCUCGGCGAAAACAUGCUUGCGUUUCUGCUUAAGGCUGCAGCAUCAACCGACCUUCCUGGAAGAGGCAUGGCAACUGAAUCUGAAGGAAAAUCUAACCAGGAUACAGCUGUAUACUUUGAUAUAUUGGGAACAUACAUGAUUGUAUACCGUCAACGCUUUGCUGAUAUGCUGUAUAACUCAGUGAUACUGCAAUCACUUUUAAUUUGGAUCGCAUCUCUCUAUGUAGGAGGUUAUCCAGCUGUAGUUUCACUGGCAUUAUCAUGCUUGAGCAUAGUACUCAUGUGGAUAGGGUCUAUAGGCUUCUCCAUUUUUGUUGCUUAUUUCCUUCCCCUUGUAUCACCAUCGCCAGUUCCCUUUGUUUCAAGCCCUUUACUAGUGGUUGGUUUGUUUGGUGCACCAUCUCUUCUCGGGGCAUGGACCGGCCAACAUUUUGGUUAUCUCAUUCUUGUGAAAUACUUGUCCCAAACAAAGGGGACUUUGCCUCCCGUUGUUCGAACUGCUGUGGCUAAUUUAGAUGCUGAAAGAUGGAUCCUUAAGGCAGGUCUCUUCCAGUGGCUUAUUCUCCUGGCAUUGGGACAUUUUUUUAAGGCCGGGUCUUCUUAUUUGGCCUUCGUUUGGCUAGUCUCACCCGCGUUUGCUUAUGGCCUACUUGAAGCAACAUUAUCACCUGCGCGGCUACCCAAACCGCUCAAAACUCUGACCUUGCUGAUUGGUUUGUCUGUUCCAUUUAUAAUCACUUCUGGCUUGAUUAUUCGUCUUGUUGCUACAGUGAUUGGAAGUUCUGUUAGGUUUGUAAGGAAUCCAGGAAGCCAGCCUGAAUGGCAGGGGAAUGCAAUUCUUGCAUUAUUUAUUGCAGCUAUAGUAUGUUUAACAAUGGUGUAUCUCCUGUCAUAUACUCAUAUUUCAGGUGCAAAAGCUCCCAUUAUAGUUACGUCGUGUAUACUAUUUGGCAUCUCACUUGGCAUGGUGAUUGUAGGAGUUGUUCCACCAUUUACCCAAGACACUGCACGAGCGGUUAAUGUUGUGCAUGUUGUGGAUGCAACAGGAAAGGAAGAUCCAGUGUCACACAUAUCCCUAUUUUCAACAACUCCGGGAAACUUGAAUAAAGAGGCUGAAGAGAUUGGAGAAGGGUUUAUUUGCGGUAGGAAUAAGCCUUUUGAUUUUGUAACUUUCUCGGUCAAGUACAGCUGUUACACAGUAAAAAAUGCCAAAAUUGGGUGGAAGGAAUCAGAUAUUCCCGUGCUUCGUGCCGAGAGUGAUGUGAAGGGGAAUGGCAGCAGAGUUAGUCGUGUUAUAGUUGAUACAAAAAGUUCCACUCGUUGGAGCCUGGCAAUUAACACUGAUGAAGUACAAGACUUCCAGCUGAAAGAUGAUUCUGAGGAGUUGGUGUCACUUGGGGAUAAGACUAGCAGUACAGAUGGUUGGCACACCAUUCAAUUUUCAGGAGGGAAGAAAGCGCCAACAAAGUUCACAUUGACUCUUUUUUGGCACAAAACCCACUCUCACACAAGAACCAAUGAGGGGUCUGAAGAGGAACAUGCGUUAUUGAAACUGAGAACCGAUGUGGACAGACAGACAUCACAAACUGCAGAAAUUCUGAAGAAACUUCCUUCUUGGUGUUCUCUGUUCGGAAAGUCCACCUCACCCUACACCUUGGCUUUCUUCAAAGGUUUAUCUGUUUCUUUGUAGUGUUCAGAAUUGGCAGGUUCGUAUUCUCUGGUUUUCCGGGGGGAGGCUAACGUGCAAGAAAAUGACAUUUGUAUAGUUUUCUUGUGAUACAGAGAAAUUUUAGUGUUCAUUGCUUAUAAUUCAUAGCAAACAUGUACAACAUGAUUUUACAUGAGUUUAAAGGAAGUAGUAUGUAGUUUUUAUUUUCGACUAGUGAAACAAUUUCAUCCUAAAAAAGCAACAGCAAG